GGGCGCCGCCCGGCCCCGGCCCCGCAGGAUCCAGGUAGAUCCGUCCGGCUUUUACCUUUCUCCUUCGGCUCCCGUGCGCGUAGGGCUGGUAGCGGGGCUGUUUCCUGGUCUCGCAGAAAGAGGCAGUGCUGAGUUAGGAAGACAAAAAUAGACCUUUACAGAGAAAUAUAGGGAUUGUGCGCGCGGUGGGGAGGGAGAGCGGAGAGCGGCACCCGGCUGGUUUCCAGGAGGAGCCCUUUUCUCCCUUCUCGUUGCAUGUUAGGCAUUUUUGCACAGCUUUCUCCCCCCCACCCCCUCCCCGCCGGGGCAGGGUUACCUCUGCCGCCUGCUCUCCGCAUCUCUGGUGGGGAGCGAAGCAGCCAACUCCGCUGCGAUCGGAAAGCGGCCAGAGACCAUUUUAUGCGAGCGAGCCGGGUGGGAAGAAGCGGAGAGAAACCGUCGCAAGGACACACACGGAUAUAAAGACUUGUCUUCUGCCUCACCCCCCCCCCCCCCCACUCCCUCCCCCUUGUAAAUACUAAAUCUGAGAAGGCAGCGAUUUGACAUCCACCCUGAGCAGCGGCUAUGGGGUGUUUGGGCAACAGCAAAACGGAGGAUCAGCGUAUCGAUGAGAAAGCGCAGCGAGAAGCCAACAAAAAAAUAGAGAAGCAGUUGCAGAAAGAGAGGCUGGCUUAUAAAGCGACACACCGCUUGCUGCUGCUGGGGGCUGGUGAGUCAGGAAAAAGCACUAUUGUGAAACAAAUGCGAAUCCUACAUGUCAAUGGAUUUAAUUCAGAAGAAAAGAAACAGAAAAUACUGGAUAUUCGGAAAAACGUUAAAGAUGCGAUUGUGACUAUAGUUUCAGCUAUGAGCACUUUAAUACCCCCAGUUCCAUUGGCCAACCCAGAAAACCAAUUUCGAAUGGACUACAUCAAGAGUAUAGCUCCUCUUUCUGACUUUGACUAUACACAGGAGUUCUUUGAACACGCAAAAAAGCUCUGGGAUGAUGAAGGUGUAAAGGCGUGCUUCGAGAGGUCAAAUGAAUAUCAGCUGAUUGACUGUGCACAGUACUUUUUAGAAAGAAUUGACAGCGUCAGCAUGGAUGACUACACACCCACAGAUCAGGACCUAUUAAGAUGCAGAGUGUUGACAUCAGGGAUUUUUGAAACAAGAUUUCAAGUAGAUAAAGUAAAUUUCCACAUGUUUGAUGUAGGUGGCCAGAGAGAUGAGAGAAGAAAAUGGAUCCAAUGCUUUAAUGAUGUCACAGCUAUCAUCUUCGUUGUGGCUUGCAGCAGCUACAACAUGGUAAUAAGGGAAGACAAUAACACAAACAGACUACGGGAAUCCCUGGACCUUUUCAAAAGUAUCUGGAAUAAUAGGUGGUUACGGACCAUUUCUAUCAUUUUAUUCUUGAAUAAGCAGGACAUGCUGGCUGAAAAAGUCUUGGCAGGGAAAUCAAAAAUUGAAGAUUACUUUCCUGAAUACGCGCACUAUACUGUACCUGAGGAUGCAACACCAGAUGCAGGAGAAGACCCCAAAGUCACAAGAGCCAAGUUCUUCAUCCGGGAUGAGUUUUUAAGGAUAAGUACGGCGAGCGGAGACGGCCGGCAUUACUGCUACCCACACUUCACGUGUGCAGUGGACACGGAAAACAUCCGCAGAGUGUUCAACGACUGUCGAGACAUCAUUCAGAGGAUGCACCUCCGCCAGUACGAACUCUUGUGAGGGGGAUCACCGUGGAACCUGUGGUUUUAAAUUCUUUGCUCCUUACUCUUUGUCUUGAUACUACCCCACACAGGGUGGAAGAAUAUACUAUAGAAAUGUCAGUCUC